GAGGGUGACGUCAAGCGCCGUGGGACGUACUAAGGUUGGGGUUGGGUCCCGAGUCGGAGCCAUUACUGCCGGCAAAGGUCCCGCAUAGCUCAGCAGCCAAGAUGUGUGACUUCACCGAGGACCAGACCGCAGAAUUCAAGGAGGCUUUCCAGCUGUUUGACCGAACAGGCGAUGGCAAGAUCCUGUACAGCCAGUGUGGGGAUGUGAUGCGGGCCCUGGGCCAGAACCCUACCAACGCCGAGGUGCUCAAGGUCCUGGGGAACCCCAAGAGCGAUGAGAUGAAUGUGAAGGUGCUGGACUUUGAGCACUUCCUGCCCAUGCUGCAGACUGUGGCCAAGAACAAGGACCAAGGAACCUACGAGGAUUAUGUUGAAGGCCUUCGUGUGUUUGACAAGGAAGGGAAUGGCACUGUCAUGGGUGCUGAAAUCCGUCAUGUCCUAGUCACACUGGGCGAGAAGAUGACAGAGGAAGAAGUAGAGAUGCUAGUGGCGGGGCAUGAGGACAGCAACGGUUGCAUCAACUAUGAAGGUAAGGGGCACACUAUAAACUGGGGCCUCUGAGGAAACGGUCAUUCAGGGUAUGUUAAGGAGGUACCGUAUUCCUAGACUUGGUUCCAGAAGGGAGCCAGCAGUCAAGGGGCAAGGCUCAGGUCAGCCUGGGAGGGAACUGUUGGGGACAGACUUAACAGUAAAGGAAGGGGCGAUAGAAUCUGAAGGGUGGGCUAGGGAUGGGAAGUGAACAGAAUUGUCUGUCCCACUGCCUGACCCCUUCACCCCAUGUCUGUGUCUUGUCUUCACCAUGAAUGUCUCUUCCUUCCUGCAGCAUUUGUGAGGCAUAUCCUGUCGGGGUGACGGGCCCAUGGGGCGGGUACGGCUCCUCCCAGCCUCUCCUAGUUAUCCCCCUAGUGUUUCUUCUUCCCAGCCUGUGCUCUGUAGCCCCUGCCCAUACCCUACUACCAUCUGACUUCCUUCUGGCAUGACUCUGCAUGGAGCUGGCUUGGGAAGGGAGGAAUUCCUCAAUAAGGAAAGCAGUUUGGGGGUGUGGUACCUCCUUCUCCUAGAAUGGUCUCUGAGGUUUGACUUACAGGGGUCUUGGUGUCUGGGAACUCACCAGCUUAUAGAGAAGGCUUGUCUUAUGGUGAUUCCUUGGCUCAUGGAGAGUUGGCAAAGGGGCUGGGGAGCUAACUGCCCCAUUCUGCUGCUGAAACACCACAGUCCUUUUUCCACCCCUGCUGGACAGCUUGGAGAGCUUGGAGGUACCUCACCCCAAACUGCCGCUCCUCCUGCCGGCGGCUGACAGUGACUGUAGGUGUAGCUGAGAACCUUUCUGCCUCUGCUGUGUUCUUGCUAUUUAGAGUGGGGUGGGGGCUAACAGCUAGUGGGAGGGGAACCAGGGACAGAGAGAACUAGUCACUCACGGUGGCUGUUUUGGAUACUGACCCCAAGGUUGGCUGCUAUGGGCACGUUCCCUCAUGCCACCUUCAUGGUCUUGUGGUCUCCUGGCCCAUGGGUACCCCUCCCCAGCCCUGUGCUUGGCUGACUCCACCCCGUCUCUUUACAGAGCUUGUCCGGAUGGUGCUGAAUGGCUGAGGACAUACGUGUCUCGAGCCUGCUCCUUGCCCAGUGUGAGAUUCCUGUGUGGCCCCAGAGGCUCCCUAAUCACAGCACCUUGCCUGUCUGGUUUCUUUUGGAUGAUGUUCACCAAAUAAAACUUGCUCUCUGUGC